GAUCGGGGUACCAAAAAAACCGCGGGAAAAGUUUAUUUGUUGAAACAAUACACUGAUCUUGCUGAAGAACUGUUAAACAAGGUAAAGGACAUCGAAGAUAGAUUGAAAGUCACUUGGUUUUGUAAUAGUUUUAAGAUAAGAAACAUGUCUGAAAAUUGCAAAAUCUACUUUGCUGGAAGCAUUCGAGGAGGCAGACAGGAUGCAGAUUUAUACUUGCGUAUUGUUGAGCAAUUAAAGACAUACGGCACAGUUCUUACCGAGCAUGUCGCCAGCCCAACAGUAGAAACUGAUGAGGAUAAAACUGGUUUGACUGAUGUACAGAUACAUGACAGGGACAUGGACUGGCUUAAUCAGAGUGAUGUUCUUGUUGCCGAAGUAACACAGCCUUCUUUAGGUGUGGGGUACGAAAUUGGAAGAGCGGUUGCUCUCGGCAAAGUUAUCAUUUGUCUGUUUCGUCCAGAUUCCGGAAAAAAAAUAUCAGCAAUGAUUUCGGGGGCUGUUGGAGAAAAAUUCUUUGUCUACAACUAUAAAGAAGAACAAGUGCCUGAAAUUUUGGCAAAACACCUAAAAUAAUUGUUAUUUUCACUUAGUUUAAAUUCUGAAAUUAAGCUGUGUAUAGUCUGAUUAAGGCUAACUACCCAUUAUUAUCACUGGAGAUGUGCUCUUUUGGUGUCAAACAUAUUAAUAGGAAAUAUUUUUUUUUUUUAAUUCAUCAGAAAAUUUUUAAGUUUUUACCCAUCAUCAUUUUCAAUUUAAACAAGGAGGACGUUUUUUAUAACCAACUUAGUAAUUAGAGUAAGAGUAAGAGUAAAAAGAGUAAUUAUUUGGUAAAGUUGUAUAUUUGUGAAACUAAUGAAAUGAUUAUACAUUUGGAAUCUCAAAGAGAAAUUACUCCUGUGUUACAAAAAUGGUUGAUUUUGAUUGGUGCAACAUAUAAAUUGCACAGUCAAUGAUAUUUCAUUAUACUGAAAUUACAUUCAAAGCACUUUACAUCUGAUCAAUUAGAACAGAUUAAAGGUCAAUCAUCAAUAAUUAAUUUCUUAAAUUUUUUGCCAUCUUGACCUUUACACUGCUCCAACUUAGAGUAGCAAAAACCAGUCAAAUGUACAAAUAUAGUAAAUAUAGCUACAUGAGAAGAGACUGAUAAAUUAAAUGAUUAUUUUAUUAUUAACCAGAAUUGAAUGGCCAGAUUGUUUAUUAUUCAUGUUAUUUAGAACUUAUUUUAAUGUGAUUUUUACAAACAUUUGCAUGUAAAAUAUUAGCAUGGUGUAUCAAAAUUCAGAAGAAAUAAAUCAAAAUUUCAAAAUGCAAAGGUUUACAGGUUUCUUGCUAAAUAUUCAUUAUAAAAAUCCUCUGAUAGUGAUAUUGUGUUUCAGGACCUGUAUUUAUUUUUGAUUCAGGGAAAAUUAUACAAAUGCUUUUCUUAAAACUUUACAUAAAUAAGUCACACAAUUCUAUUUUUGGAUUAUCAACAACAAUGGAGACAACAAAUCAGAAUGUUCAGUAUGAUCAAAAGGAUAUUCAUUGAAUCAGAUAAAAAUUAUGGUAAAAGGAAAUUAACACUUAUUCAUUAGAAGGGGAAUUUUUUUUUAGCAGUACAUGUAGGUCUUCAUCAGAGUCCAUACUUGAUGAUAUGCCUGGUACAUAAAAAGUAUCUACACUUAAGUUAAUAUCACAAAUUUUAGCAGAGAUAUAUCAUAUACCCAUACAUAUACCUUCAAAGAAUAAAUUUAAAACAUUCUAUAGUUGUAUUACAGGUAAUAAUAGUUAUACACAUUAUACAUGUAUUUGAUUUCUUGUAAUUUUACUCCUAUCUGUUGUAUACUGAUUAAAACACUGGAUGUUCAAAUGCUUGUUGAUUAAAGAUUUAAUUGUCACAGAA